AUGACUUCACUCACUGUGGUGUGCCCGAAUGCGAGACGAUGCCCGAUCAAGGUCACUCCCGGAAAACUGUUACGUGAGGUUCUUGAAGAGGCUUGUCUCAAGCAGGGCUACAAUCCAGAGCAAUUCGAGCUCAUCCAUCAGAAGAAGAGAAUCGACUUGUCGCUACCGUUUCGGCUCACUGGACUUCCCAACAAUGCUGCCGUUGAUCUCCGAGAAAAGGAUAACAUCCAAGAAACCAUAGUGGAAAUUGCUCUACAGGGACUUGAUGGCAAUCGAAAAAUUGGCAAAUUCUCUCUAGAUGCGACUCUGGCGGAUAUGCUACUCUACUUUUCGAAGGAAUUUGAAGACGAUCUGCUCAAGUUUGACGAGACUCUUCAUCCAUCUUGUGCUUUUAUGAAUAAACAGUAUCAAGGAAGGAAAGAACUUGAGUGCACGACACUUCGAUCGAUGGGACUGGGAAGUGGGAAGGUUCUCAUCAGGUUUAACAGAAUUCCUAUGUCAGCUAUGGAGGUUGCACAAACUGAAGAAAGAAUCGAACAAGAACGUCGUAAAAAAGAGGCUUUGGCAGCUGAAUUUCAGAAGAAACGAGCGGAAAACGAGGAACGGGAAAAGAUCGAGAGGGAGAGAAUGCAGAAGUUUGAAGAAGAGCAACGUUCUCAACCAACCCCGAGCGUGUCAAGGGAUGUUAUUUCAAAUUCGAAUCCAAAUUCUUGGUCAUUUGACCGACAUCCUUUCCAAGCAGCAAUUUCAUCUGGACCAGCAAACGAUCGCCUCACGUAUUUAAACAGCCUUCUCAAUAACGUCGAUGCAUCUCUUGCCGGACAAACUUCAAACGGUCAGGUGAAUAACCUUGUGGAACAAUUGGCUUCGGAAGGAAGACUUCAUGGUCAACAAAAUAUGUCGGAACAAUACCCAUUGAUGAAUUUUAAAUUCCCUGAAAAAACAACCGCAAUUGAGGAUGCAGAUAUGGACGACCAAUCCACUUCAAUGACCGCCCAAACCGGCCAAGAUAUCGAAGCACCUGAUCGUCAAAGUGUUUUGUUCACGAAAAGUGAUCAAGUGAAACAGGAGCAACAACGUGCCCUUCUUCCAAAGGCAUACAUCGAGACGAAAAACCGAGAAUUGAAGCUGACUUCUUGGAAAAACACUGUGAUAAGAGCUGUGUUGCCAGAUCGUCGAGUUCUUCAACUGUUAGAUCCUGAGAAAACACUUAUUGAUGUGGGCGUCGCUCCAUCAUCGACGAUUUAUGUGAAAUUUUCACCUCCAAUGGCUGCUUGUGAAGACAUUUUCAAAGUUGAUUCGGUAAAGGAAGUAACGGAAGAAGAAGCGAAUCAAUCGAGCAAAGAAUGGUUGUCAACAAAUGAAGCCUACAAGCCAUGGGUGGGAACUGUUGGUCCAGAGGCUCCUCGUCCAAUGGUGCGAAGACCUGAUGAAAAUCAAGAUGCUGGUCCAUCUGUGAAACGUGAGCCACCCAUGCUCCCAAAAUGGCUCAAGCGA